AUGGAUUAUCUCUCGGGUUCCUCUCCGCACAUUAAGAGUGGAGCAGUGUCUGCACUAUCUCUAAUGGUAUAUAAUGAUCCGAAUGUCUGCUUUUUGAUACCUGAUCUGGUCCCAUCAGUUCUACAAUUGCUGCAGAGUAAAGCUGUGGAGGUCAUAAAAGCUGCUUUAGGCUUUGUGAAAGUAUUAGUGUCGGGACUUCAAGCAAAAGAUCUGCAAAACUUUCUCUCCGGUAUUAUUAAUGGAGUUCUUCCAUGGUCAUCUACCUCAUGGCAUCAUUUCAGAUCAAAACUAUGCUUACUUUUUAUGCACAGAUGUAUUUAUGUCACGGUCAUACUAGAGAUUGCGAUGCGGAAGUCUGGGUCUGCAGUAGUUAAGUUACUUACACCUGAUAAAUAUAGAAAUUUUGUGAAGAUCAUUAUGGAGAAUCAUCAUGUUAAGGCAAACUCAAAAGAAGAUGGCACUACCAAAGCGGAAUUGAAAUCUUCAGAUUUCUCUUCUAUGGGGUAUGUUCUCUUUAAAAACUGUUGAAGUUCUAUUUCAAUUCUUUUUUGAUCCCAUUCCAUGUUAGGGUUAAACUUCUAUUUCUUUAAGGCAGCAGAAGAGGAAACGCGAGGAAUCAGGAAGUUCUUAACUCUAAUUAUUAUCUAGAGCAAGUUUCAUAGAUAUAUUUUGUAUCUAGAGCUCUGUUGGGUCAAAGUCAUCUGGGAAAAGAAUAGAUGGGUCAGAGUUUCUUGAGAAUGUGUUGGGAUCACUAUCAAGAGAAUUGUGAGUUCAUUCUGCUGGAUUUUCUCUGCAAACACAAACUUUAUGUUGCAUUUUCAUGGAUUAUUUCAUUUGUUUAUCUUAUUGGUUGAAGUUUCUUAACCACUACCCACUAUCCACCAUUGAACCAAUCCCCACCAUAGACCCUGCAAACC